GCAGUCGACUGCUUGUUGCCGACGCGGUCUCAUGACAAACCAGCAGACACAAACUUGACCGCGGAUAAUCGCGAAGUGUCAAAGGAUACUCGUAUCUCCGACACGCUGGUGCCAAGGAGCCCCGGAAAGGGUCGAAACUCAGGUGUUCGACCGAAGCCAGGUAACCCGAAAUGGGGGAGUAAGGGAGAGGAUAAUACGGGAAAAGUUUUUCAGUGAGUUCCAGGAGCUAUAGGUCGAACAAAGGGAAAUUUCGGUUCAUGUUGUGUUUCUAGUGACAAUAGCCGAGUAAUUUGUGGGUUCUGACUGAGUUAACACGAAUAUUCCAACGAAGGCUAUUGUCCUGAAGUUUCAGCUUUCUCGACGCCUCAGCAAUAAGAAAACCCCAAUCAUCCGAAACAAAUCCAUGUUCAACCGAUAGAAAAGCAAUAGCGUGAAGGAGGUAAAGUUACAACGCUGUGAGGAUCCCGUUAUCAAGCAGCUUCUGGAGAAAGGAUCGCCAGGAAUUUAAUAUCGACCUAUGGAGAGAUGGGAUCAAUGCUACAGCUAAUUUCUUUUCCGGAAGGAUGACUUCCGAGUGCAAGAAACGCGAAGCCAUCAAGCUGGCUCCUACCUUAAAGAUCGGGGAAGUAUGUUCAAAUUGAAAUAAAUGAAACCAACAAAUUGCACUAGAGACUGAACCGAAAUUGAAAAGGGAGAAAUUCUGAAAUGAAAUCUCAUUUGAAUCUGAGAAUGAAGGAACGAAGGAGAUAUUCGUCGUGAAGACGUCUUACCAUCCCAGGAGGUACCAAUUACGCAUGUGCACAUGAAUGAUAUGGUCGCAACUUUUCGUAUGGCUGCCAACAAUCUGAACGAAUCAGUGGUCAAUAUCUCUGUGUAUGGAUUUGUUGAUGAAGGCUCCGGGUAUACCCAAACUGAGACGAUUCUGAUCACGGUGAUCAUGAGUAUAAUAAUGAUCGGGACUAUUGUCGGGAACAUACUUGUUUGCGUGGCUGUGUGUCUUGUGAGAAAACUGCGACGUCCUUGCAACUACCUCCUAGUCAGUUUGGCUGUCAGUGACUUAUGCGUCGCCAUCUUGGUCAUGCCGAUGGCCAUGAUCUACGAGAUCAAGGGGAAAUGGUUGUUCGGUGAGAUCGUGUGCAAUCUAUGGGUCAGUUUCGACGUGUUGAGUUGUACGGCCUCGAUUCUUAACUUGUGUAUGAUAAGUGUGGAUAGAUAUUAUGCAAUAACGAAACCUCUGGAAUACGGCGUGAAACGGACGCCCAGAAGGAUGAUACUCUGGGUUAUAUUAGUGUGGUUCUUCGCCGCUUGUAUAUCCCUGCCACCCCUUCUAAUAAUCGGUAACGAACACACUGAAACAGAUGAAGACGGACAUCAGAACAAUUUAGUGUGUUUGGUAUCGCAAGACGUAGGGUAUCAAAUUUAUGCCACGCUGUGUAGCUUUUAUAUACCUCUAACUGUGAUGAUGCUUGUUUACUAUAAGAUAUUUCGAGCUGCCAGGAAGAUUGUGAUGGAGGAGAAGAGGGCCCAGAGCCAUCUGGAGACCCAUUGCUACUUCGAAGUCAAUGUGAAGAAUGGGGGAGGGCCACCAGAGCACCGAAUUUCUAGUCAGAGCCCCUCUCCAGCCAACGCGAUCAAAGUUAAUCACAGAUCUAGUACCGCCAGCACCAAUACAGUGUGUAGCCUGGAUAAAACAGCACUAGGUCGAUGCUUCAAGUCUCGCCCCAGCAACGAGUCGCAAUGCCCCAUGCUCACGGCCAAGCUGCCCAUCAAAACGCCCACCAAACCAUCCAAACAACCCAGAACCAGUUUGCUCACAUCAAUCAGAACGUCGCCGAGCACGAACUCACACCAGAAGAAGCUCAGAUUUCAGCUGGCAAAAGAGCGCAAAGCGAGCACAACGCUAGGUAUAAUAAUGAGUGCGUUCACUUUCUGUUGGCUGCCGUUUUUUGUUUUGGCACUAGUGCGGCCCUUCCUGGAAACAACCAAUACCCUAAAGACUGUAGGUAGUGUUUUCCUCUGGCUGGGCUAUUCGAACAGCCUGUUCAAUCCUGUCAUAUACGCAACUCUCAACCGGGACUUCCGUAAACCGUUCCAGGCCAUCCUGUACUUCAGGUGCGGAAGUUUGAACAAUAUGAUGAGGGAAGAGUUUUACCACAGCCAAUACGGAGACCCAGAUCAACACCCAACUAGGUGUCAUAUUGACUACGACGAAGGGGUGGAGUAUAUUGAGGCUGAAGGUGAAGAAAUCAAAGCCCCAGAAGUGAAUACAGCUCACGAGUCCUUCCUAUGAUUUCCCACAUUAAAUGAAGCCGUAGAUGACUCGUCCGCAUACUCCGUUUAUGCGUAACCCUCUCGAUGUUCCUUGGCAUCGAUUUGAUCAGGAUAUGUUGUUCGAUCUUGUCAAACGAUGCACUGCUCGCGGCAUGACUGACAUGGAAUUGGUCUUUUUGUACUUCUCAUGACUCGUCUUUAUGUGUUUAGGAUUCUUCUGUCGAUGCAAUAAACUAUGAUAUUUCAAUACCUGACAUUCUAAAUGACAUUUAUAUUUUUCCAUUCUCAAAUGCUGUACUUCCACUUGAUUGUAGAUGGAUAAAGCAGUAAAUACAAACUGAAAGAUUAAAUUA